AUGAAGUCCUUCAGCAUCCUCGCAACCGUCCUGGCCGCCGUCGCCUCUGCUAGCCCCAUUGGCAAGCGCGCCGUCUUCGCUGACACCACCUUCAACGACAUCUCCAUCUCGGGAGGCACCGCUGGCAACGCUCAGGCUGAGGCCGAGCAGGCGCUGUCUGGCCUCCCUGCCGACCUGAGCACGGUUGAGCAGUCGGAUCUCGACUUCCUCAACUCGGUGAACCAGGUUGCAAACGAUGCUGAGAAGGAGGCUUUCAACCCUGCCAUUGAGGCGGCGACCGGAGCCGAGGCCGACUCCCUUCAGAUCGGCAAGAUCAAGAACAAGGUCCUCAAGCUGACCGCGACCAUCAAGAAGCUGGAGGCUCAGGCCGCGCAAGGAGAGGAUGUCGCCGACAAGCUUGCCGAGGAGCAGAAGAAGCUCGACAACAACAUCUCCCAGGACGAGGCUGAGGCUGGAAACGCCUCGACCAACGUUCAGUUCGACGGUGCCAUCACGGCUGCUUAG